UUUCUCGUUUCUCUUUUAAAUUCCUCGCAAUUGACAAUUUUCUCGGUGAAAUGAGUAUUCAAGAACACGUACGACUCUCAGUUACAAGAAAAAAUCGCGUAUAAAUAAGUAUUUAAAAUAUGUGCUUUUUAUGAAAAUUUCCUGUGAUUUCAUAACAUUUCCCCUCUUUUCCCCUCUCUAUGCCCUUGAUCCCGCCAACGUACACGCCUAUUUAUCAAUAGUUUGUUUAUUUCUCUUCUCAAGUAAACUACUGCAAAUAUCGUAGAAAUUUGAAACGUAACCUACGUACGUUUGUCGUAAAUCGUCAGUCGUAAUUUUUUAUGAGCAGUGAAAAAAAGUAUUAAUUUAUCGUUUAUUCGCGAUUCGAAUUGAAAUGGCAUCGUUUUUCAAUAAUGUCGGAUUGAACUUGAAUCCGUUCGCUACCAGAGUCGGCCAGAAAAUAGAAGAGGCAACAGAUAGUAAUCACGCUUCAGAAAACUGGGCAUUGAUUUUAGAAGUAUGCGAUUUGAUUAAUGCGACCGAAGAUGGUCCUAAAGACGCUGUCCGAGCGAUUCGUAAACGAUUGCAGCAAAACGCUGCGAAAAAUUAUAAAACAGUGUUGUAUACGUUGACACUACUCGAAGCUUGCGUUAAAAAUUGCAACAGAAAAUUUCACGUGUUAGUCUGCAGUAAAGAUUUCGUUCAAGAAUUGGUCAAACUAAUCGGACCGAAAAACGAUCCCCCUAUGAUAGUACAAGAAAAAGUACUCAGUUUAAUUCAAAGUUGGGCCGAUGCGUUCUACAAUCAACCAGAUAUGUCACCGGUGGUGCAGAUUUACAGAGAUUUAAAAACCAAAGGAAUCGAGUUCCCGAUGACCGAUUUGGAUGCCAUGGCGCCAAUUCAUACGCCUCAGAAAUCUGUUCAGUCAGUGCAGCCAAUAACGAAACAUUCCGCACCCGCUUCAUCACCAACACGAGUUCAUCCUCCUCAACCCUCAUUUACAAAUCUGGAAGGAGCACUGCGUCUGAGUCCCGAGCAACUGGCCAAAUUACGCAGCGAACUGGACAUCGUUCAAGAGAAUAUGACUAUAUUGAACGAAAUGCUCACAGAGCUGACACCGGGCCAGGAGCAUCCAUCAGAUUUGGAAUUAUUGGUCCAACUCCAUAAUACUUGUAAAGCGAUGCAAGAGAGAUUAGUAGAAUUAAUCAGUCAACUCGCUCAAGACGAAGUUACCGCCGAAUUGUUACGUAUUAAUGAUUUACUGAAUAAUUUAUUCCUGAGGUACAGUAGAUACGAGAAAAAUCGAUCGGCUACGUUAACGCCACUAUCCAGCGGUCCUGAUAUCGGCAAAGAAACCGCUUCGUUGAUCGACCUAGGCGACGACGGAGAUCGUAGGAAAGACGACGUCGUUGAUCUGAUCAGCGAUAUCAGAGAAUUAAAUGUGAAAAAUGACGGCUCACCUUCGAAAUUCAGUGGCCAGAAGAGAAACGAUAAUGAUUUCGAUAUGUUCGCUCAGUCUCGAAACGUAACCUACGAAUCGUCUAAAAAAGGUGGCAGCUCUUACGAAGAUAAUUUGAAACCGAAUCAACUACCCGGAAGUUUAGCAUCCGCAACGCAGAAUCGUUCACAGCCUCCUUCUUUGGAUCCUAUUAUCGGGAUGCACAGAGAAAGUGAUUUCGACGAAAUGGCCGCUUGGCUCGAAGAGCAAUCCGGCGGCGUCCCUGCAGAAACAGACUCGUUGACUAGCAGCGAAUUCGAUAGAUUUUUAGCCGAACGUGCCGCAGCUGCUGAGAAUCUGCCGAGUCAAUCAACAGCCUCAGCAUCUCCUGCCAGAAGUACAACUAGUCAGCGAACCAACAAACAACCUAGUAAAGAUAUGUAUGCUUUAUGAAGUUAAUUCUUGCCCACUCUUUUUAUCGGUUACAUAUUGUAAAGCUUCGUAUUUUCCCCUGACCCUGACCCCCCGACCUUUGUUGUAAGUUUUGAUGAAGUCGGUUGUUGGCAUUUUCAAAGGGCUGUGCGUUAUUUAUGCGAGGUCUCAGUGUUGUAAAAAGUCGACGAAAAAAUAGUUACCAAAAUGAAACAUGGUGCAGAAUAAGGUAACGUUCGCUAGUUUUACCUUGCGGGUGAUAAAAAAAAAUCAGGUGAAUGUUUGUAUGAAAAGUUUACGAACAUAGGGUUGUAAUUCGAUUGAAACUCGAACUCCUGAAACAUUAUUAUGGUGGUUGGAACUGAACAUUGAUUAGGGUUUUAGUUUCAUGUUGAAUGAGCUAUCCGAUCUGAAUUAUUUCGUUCUUUAAAAUGUACAAGUUUGUAACUUGACGUAAUUUCAUCAAUUUUUAAUGACGUUUCUUUUUUAGAAAAAAUUAUUUUAAAAACAAGCGUAAUAUGCUUUUGUUUAUUCGAUACAAGCUGCGCUUUGUUUAAAAGUUUUAUAAAUUAUGAAGUUUUUUUUUCCUGAAAAUAUACGUAUACCUUUUCUCACUAUCUAGUCUAUUUGUGUAUCGUAUCAAUAUUCAAAAUACUGCGCCUUAUUGCAAAACAUUCCAUUCGUUUAUUUGAGAAACAACCGACUUCAGUCUGUAUUGCGUCGUUUAAAAGUUCUCGAUACAUCAGGUUUCGAGAUAGACCCCCCCAUCUUUCAUCAGUUUGUUAAACUUUUUAAUUUUUAUUACACAUUCUUUUACGAGAUUUUUUUCUACGUCUCGCGUAUAUAUGUUAUUGAUUAUUAUUUUAAUGAUAGGGAUACGAGUAUCUAUACCAAAAUCAAAUUUUUGUAUAGAAACAUUCAUUACUAUUACGGAUUUUGAAUGAUUAUUCUGAAUUUGAUUUCGUUUUCAAUUUUUACCUUACGUGUGUUGCGGAUUCUAAAGCUUUACAUAAUGGUCGCAUUUUUCUAAUGGUUGUAUUUAUGUAUAGGAAGAAAGAAUUUGUAUUGUGUAACUUGGUAUGCUUAAUUGGAACUAAACAUUAAUUCUUGGAUUUAAUUCGUAAUUCAUUGUAUAUUUGUUUUUUUCUUUUUUGUUUAUUAAAAAUAUUCGUGUUGACUGUA